GAUGGUGGGUCGUUCCAUCACAGCUUGCACUAAAAAUAAGGGUAUUGUUUUCAGUCCGAUGCAGCUCUUAUCGCCCAUAUACAUACCAUUUUCUUCAAUAUUGCCCUAAAGGCCUAUAUCCUAUACCAUGCUUUUAUACAUAAUGAUCAGGUCUCCGAAUUUAUCCCUGAGCCUGCGAUAGAUACAGCAUUCGCAACAAGCUCAGCCGAAGUGGCCAAAGACUCUCAAAAGUGGAGUAUGCGAAAAUUGAUGGAUUACUGGCGACGGAUAGAUGAACGCCAAACCAAGUACGAGAGGGAGAAAGGGAAUCCGAUGGACUCUGUGUUGUCGUCGUCUGAUUCACCAGAAAAGCUUCAUACGUGGUCCGAUACCAGCACUAAUUCACUCGACUUGAGAGCCAUCUCUAAUUUUAUGGCAAACAAAGAUUCGGCUAUGGCUUCUGAACGGCCUCAGUUCCUCUCACUCAGCAGCAUGCAAGAGAGCAACUUGUUAAGGCAGCAGAUCGCUAAAGCAGCAGCAGCCAAUGGACCUCGCAAAGCAUCAACUAGCCAAGAUAAUGCAAAAGACGAUGCGGAUCCAUCGAAUCAUGAACAAAAUGAAGCAACAGUUACUUUGCAGUCGAUCGCUGCUUCUCGUGAACAACGACCAGCGCUUGCUGACCUCGACUGGAAUCAAGGCGACCAACGACUAGCCACACCACCUAAAACGAUCCCCAUAGAUAAGCCAUCACACACCGAUAGUAGCGACGUGCCAAGAGAUGCAGCACCUGAGCCAUACGGAUCGCUGCAAUCUGAUUUCAGUGGAGUAUCCUCCGCUACUGGAGCGACCAGCUGCUACUAUACAUCCAACAUGACGGCCUCUGAACUGCAAAACGAAGAAAGUUUCUCAAUGACCAACGAAGGAGACGAUGAUACAGGCUCCAGCACCGGAUCUGAAAGUUGCAGCUCGGAAGGCAGUGACGAUGAUAGCAGGGCAAGUCCAGCUCCAGCAUCCGCGAAGCCGUCUGAUUUGCAAUCCUAUGAUGAGAGCUCUCUCACGGGUCAGGCGGCCGAAGAAGGUCGAAGGUUCAUGAUGGAGGAACUGGGGCUCAGUGGUGACGACCAGACCAUUGUGGUUGUAAGUAAACGCCUGCUCUAUUGUAUCUAUGGCAAUAUGUUUUUCUCGCUAACCGUUACUUCACUCUUCUUCUCAGUACAUAACUAGUAUCAUGUAAUUGUCUCUGCCCAACGGUCAUAUACAAGUGUAAAUACAAUAUUAGGCUCCAUUUUCUAAAGCCAUUCCAUACUUGGUAUUGUAAUAAAAUAACAACAAUUUUCAGUUUAUUCUGAAGUGUGAAAGUGGUAAAUAGGGAGGUGUCAAGCUAUGAUGGAAUGGUGAGAGAUCGCAAGUUAUGAAUGUCUGGUUUCAGACAGCUGUUCUGUUGGAACAUCUUGGCCGAAGUCAGCUUCGGUUGUUUGAGUGAGAACUU